AUGGCUAACAGAUGCUCUAUAAACACAACAGAUUUAGAGUUCCUCCCAGCCGACACGAAUUCCUCCAUACUUCAGGUAUCGAGGUGGAUGAACUUCUGUCGUGCUGUGUAUGUGGACAAGUGUGAUAUGUACUCAUUAACCCCGCGUCCUAGAGAUAUUCCAGCCAUGUUCAGGAACGCCUCGUAUGAUGACUGUUUUGACACCCGAACUCUGAUCGCCUACUGCAUAUCAAUCAUCCUGAGUUCGGCAAUUAUCUGCACCAACACUACUAUUCUGGUCGUCUUCUUUCGUAACCGAAGUUUACGAACUUGUUCCAAUGUUCCCAUUAUGAGUUUAGCCAUAUCCGACUUCCUUACCGGCGUCGCAUUCACAUACUCCUCGAUUUGGAAUCUAGUGUUGCUUUCUUCCGGCUACGAAUUCGACAUUCAAAAGACGCUUGCUUACAUACGCAUGCGCACCAACUACUUCCUGUGUUUAACUCUUGAUGGGACAGGCUUGUUAUUCACCUGUUUGAUGUCGUCCGUUUUGACACUUGGCGUGAUAGCGGUAGAGCGACACAUCGGGAUAUUUUAUCCCUUCAAGUAUUCCCAGUGGAUAACAACCCGGCGGAUGGUUCGGGUCAUUGUCACAGUAUGGGUCGUCUCACUCAUUGUCGGCAUCUUGCCAUUGUGUGGCUGGAACAAGUGGACCGACAAGUGUCAGCUUACCGAGGUAAUGGACUAUUCGUACAUUGUUCUGUGGACAUCCAUUUGCUUCUUGAGUGGUGUUAUCAUGCUUUACAUCUAUAUGAGAAUAUUCAUCCUCUCCAGAAGACACAGCCGCCAAAUUGCAGCCGUUCAAGUAUCGUCUCAAUCUUGUUCCGUAACUGCGCCGAGUACCCUUGUGCACGAUAAUACUUCCUCGGAUGCGAAACAGCCAUUGGAUGACCAGCCGGUUCACAAGACAACUACUGAUGAAGAAACUGAACGCCCUAAUGCAACAGAACAGACAGAAGUUGAAACAGGAAGCAUUAUCAUAUCUAUUCAGGGAUUAAAAAAGACCAUGUUUAGUAUUCCAUCAAAAAGAGACGAACCCGAGCAACAUAAUACAGAUCCAGGAGUGAAUACGUUACACAAUACAUCCCCGACGCCACCGGAAAUUCAAAAUCUCCCUAUCAUACCUGAACGGCGUCCAAGUAACCACCACAAACCAAGUAGGCGGGCGCUGGUAACCACAACAGUAAUUUUGGGCGCGUUUUAUCUUAGUUGGUCCCCGCUUUUGGUAUUCCUCGUCGCUUUCGACAAGGUCACUAUUACCUUCAACCUGACUGUAUACUACCUGGCCGUGGUUACACAAUUCAAUUCUGUCUUCAAUCCCAUCGUUUAUAGCGUCAGAAAUCCUGAUAUCAAAGAGGCACUCCUGAAAUUGUUCCGCUGUAGAAACUAA